AUGGCCAAGGGAAUCAAGAAGCACCAGAAGCGCCUCAGCGCGCCCUCGCACUGGCUGCUCGACAAGCUGUCGGGUACCUACGCGCCCAAGCCUUCGGCCGGUCCUCACAAGCUCCGCGACUGCAUGCCCCUGAUCGUGUUCAUCCGAAACCGUCUCAAGUAUGCGCUCAACUACCGCGAGACCAAGGCGAUCCUCAUGCAGCGCCUGGUCAAGGUCGACGGCAAGGUCCGUACCGACAUGACCUACCCUGCCGGCUUCAUGGACGUCAUCACCAUCGAGAAGACGGGCGAGAACUUCCGACUCAUCUACGACACCAAGGGCCGCUUCACCGUCCACCGAAUCCAGACGGAGGAGGCCGAGUACAAGCUCGGCAAGGUCAAGCGCGUUCAGCUCGGCCGUGGUGGAAUCCCAUUCUUGGUCACGCACGAUGCGAGAACCAUCCGCUACCCCGACCCCAGCAUCAAGGUCAACGACACCGUCAAGAUUGACCUGAGCACCGGCAAGAUCAGCGACUACAUCAAGUUCGACACUGGCGCCGUCGCCAUGGUCACCGGCGGUCGCAACAUGGGUCGUGUCGGCGUCAUCGUCCACCGUGAGCGCCACGAUGGUGGCUUCAACAUUGUGCACAUCAAGGACGCCAUCGACAACUCCUUCGCCACCCGUGAGAGCAACGUUUUCGUCAUCGGCCAGGAGAAGCCGUGGAUCUCGCUGCCCAAGGGCAAGGGCGUCAAGCUCACCAUUGCCGAGGAGCGUGAUCGCCGACGAGGCAACUAA